UAUUGUGCUGGUCUAGAAGUGCUUCCACCUGGACCUGUGAAUGGAACAUUGGGAGGAAAUGUGGUUUUCAAAACCACCAUCAAUCCAACCACACUUUUUAUAAUCUCUUGGACAUUUGGGGAUCCACCGGUCUCUAUUGUUGACUUACUCAGUUCUGAAGGUCCUGUGACCGGAGUGGGAUAUGUUGGUAGGAUCAGUCUGGACAAUAGCACUGGAUCUCUGGAGCUCAGGAAACUGACCCUGGCUGACAGUGGAACAUACAGAGUGAUCAUAGGGGAGUCUGAUUUUAUGCAGUUGGCAGUUACUUCACUGAAUGUCUAUGGUGGGUACACCCUGAGUUCCAAAAUAUGUCACUUAAUGUUAAAUGUAAAUAGAUAUUGUAUUGAGUUGUCAACUAAUGUGAAUUUAACGAACUUCCAUAAAACCUAUAAAAAACAAAAAACAGAAUGUGCUUGUUGAAAUGCAGUUACUCUAGCCUUUAAUGGCCAAAAGCUUGUGGACACCUGCUGGUCGAGCAUCUCAUUCGAAAAUCACAGGCAUUAAUAUGGAGUUGGUCCCUUCUUUGCUGCUAUAACAGCCUCUUUUCACUAGAUGUUGGAACAUUGCUGCGAGGACUUGCUUCCAUUCAGCAACAAGAGCAUUAGGGAGGUCGGGCACUGAUGUUGGGCAAUUAGGCCUGACUCGUUGUCUGCGUUCCAACUCAUCCCAUAGGUGUUCGAUGGAAUUGAGGUCAGGGCUCUGUGCAGGCCAAUCAAGUUCUUCCACACAGAUCUCGACAAACCAUUUCUGUAUGGACCUCGCUUUGUGCACGGGGGCAGUGUCAUGCUGAAACAGGAAAGGGCCUUCCCCAAGCUGUUGCCACAACGUUGGAAUCACAGAAUCAUCUAGAAUGUCAGUGUUAAGAUUUCCCUUCAUUGGAACUAUGGGGACUAGCCCGAACCAUGAAAAACAGCCCCAGACCAUUAUUCCUCCUCCACCAAACUUUACAGUUGGCACAAUGCAUUGGGGCAGGUAGCGUUCUCCUGGCAUCCGCCAAACCCAGAUUUGUCCGUCAGACUGCCAGAUGGUGAAGUGUGAUUAAUCACUCCAGAGAACGCGUUUCCACUGCUCCAGAGACCAAUGGUGGCGAGCUUUACACCACUCCAGCCGAUGCAUGGCAUUGCGCAUGGUGAUCUUAGGCUUGUGUGCGGCUCCCAUCGAACAUGUAUUGUGCUGAUGUUGCUUCCAGAGGCAGUUUGGAACUCGCUAGUGAGUGUUGCAACCGAGGACAGACAAUUGUUAUGCGCUUCGCGCUUUAGCACUCAGCGGUCCCGUUCUGUGAGCUUGUGUGGCCUACCACUUCGCAGCUGAUCCGUUGUUGCUCCUAGAAGUUUCCACUUCACAAUAACAUUACUUACAGUUGACCGGGGCAGCUCUAGCAGGGCAGACAUUUGACUAACUGACUUGUUGAAAAGGUGACAUCCUAAGACGGUGCCGUGUUGAAAGUCACUAAGCUCUUCAGUAUGGGCCAUUCUAUUGCUAAUCUGUGUCUAUGGAGAUUGCAUGGCUGUGUGCUCGAUUUUAUACAACUGUCAGCAACGGGUUUUUGCUGAAAUAGCUGAAUCCACUCAUUUGAAGGGUUGUCCACAUACUUUUGGCCAUGUAAUGUAUCUCUUGACACUUUACGAUCUUGGAGAAAAGUCUGGCCUUAAUGGCCAUGUACUGUUAUAAUCUCCACCUGGCACAGCCAGAAGGGGACUGGCCACCCGUCAGAGCCUGGUUCCUCUCUAGGUUUCUUCCUAGGUUUCUGCCUUUCUAGGGAGUUUUUCCCAGCCACCGUGCUUCUACAUCUGCAUUGCUUGCUGUUUGGGGUUUUAGGCUGGGUUUCUGUAUAGCACAUUGUGACAUCUGCUGAUGUAAAAAGGGCUUUAUGAAUAAAAUUGGAUAUAUUGAUACUACAUUCAUGAUCAAUGGUGAGAAACAAAGCAACUGCAAGGGCCAUGGGUGCGACCAACAGUGUUGGGGUCAAUUCCAUUUAAAUUCCAGUCAAUUCAAAAAGUGAACCAAACUCCAAUUCAAAUUCAAGAAAAUAUAUAAUUGAAAACCAUGGCAUAGAAUUUGAAUUUGAAUUUUAGUGUACUUUCUGAAUUGACUGGAAUUUAAAUGGAAUUUACCCCAACCCUGGCGACCACCCCAGGGCCCAAAAAAUAAUAAUAAUAAUAAUAAUUCUUCAAAGGAUGAAGAAAAAACAUUAUUUAUCACUGUAAAACAUGGCAAAAUGUAUAUAUAAUACGAUUUCAUUAAAUCCUGGAAUUGGUCUGAGCUGAUGUUGCUUAUUUUAUAAAGCAGUGUACAGCUGUCUGUUGCUGUACCCCCUUGAGGACCCCCCUGUCCUGGGACUGGCAGCUGCCUGGGCUGGUGGCUGGGUGCUGCUGGGAGAGACCAGGGUCUUCAAAAUUAUUACUCAUUUAUUUAUUUAUUUAGUACGUUUGUUAGUUUAAAAAUGUUUUGGGUGUCUAACUAAUAGUCUACUUCAUACAGUACCAAAACAACAUGAAAAUAAUUUUCCAGAAAAUUGUUCUAAUAUAAUGAAAACAGAUUGUUUAGCUAGGCCUUUUCAAUGUUCAUAGUGAAUUUUUUCAAUCAUCUCACAGCCAAGAGACUAUAGGCCAUUACUGAACAUGCAGCUACUGUAAUGAAGCAGGCAACGUAUUAGGCGACAUCAUUUUCAAACUAUUUCCAAAAUGCAAUUAGUGGGAAAACACCAUUCUAAUGGACAAGCGAGCGGUUUCAUGUGACAGAUGUGAAAAUCUCAGUUAGAAACUUAGAAGGAGGGGAAAUCUAAAGAUGCAAAAACUAGGAUGGGAUGCUAAUAUGACUAGAAUUGUGCCUUUGGCUUAUGGACAACGAAAGGAAGUUGAUAUAAAAAUUAAUAGAACAAGUGAGAAAUGCUGCUUUCACUGGCAUAUGUGGAAUCUAAACAUUUCUAUGGUUGGAUUUUUAUGUUAUUUUCGCAAAACCACAAUAAUUUGUAUUAUCUCAUCUUGUACUCUUUUCACUGAAACAGUAUCUGGUGCUACUAUCACAAUCACACCAAACCCACCAAUCAUGGAGGGGGGCUCUGUCACCUUAACCUGUGAUGCUGCUGGCUUCAACAUCACCAGAGAGUGGAUGAAGGUUGGUCAGCUUCUGUCUGCUGGUGGCAACAUGAUCAUCUCUGAGGAUAAGAGAGUGCUGUCCAUAAACCCUGUGAAGAGAACAGACAGUGGACAAUACCUGUGUAGAGUCAGCAACCCUGUCAUCUCUGAAAAUGCCAGUGACACUGUGAAUGUAAUCUGUAAGUACUUCCCUAUAAGCCUGGGGAUACAUGUACCAGAUAAAUGUACCAACUGCACGGCGCUUGUAACGCCAAGGUAGUGGGUUCAAUCCCCGGGACCACCCAUACACAAAAAUAAAUAAAUGUAUGCACGCAUGACUGUAAGUCGCUUUGGAUAAAAGCGUCUGCUAAAUUGCAUAUUAUUAUUAUUAUUAUCAUCAUCAAUAGGUGCACAUUAAAAUAAUAAAACAAUGAAUGAACACUUUACACCAACUAUUAUGACUCCAAUGUCACACUGAUUACAAACUAAUAAACUUGUAGCUAUGAAUAAGUGAUAAUCUCUGUGUUACAGAUGGACCUGAUGGUAUGGAAAUCAAGGGUCCAACUGAAAUAGAAGUAGGACAGAAGUUAACAUUGACCUGCUCUGCUGACUCCAACCCGCCUGCUAGUUACAUCUGGAUGCUCAAUGAAACAGAGAUACCUGGACAUUCACCUGAGUUCACUAAAGAGAAGAGUGAAUACUCUGACAGUGGGGAUUACACCUGUACAGCAACAAAUUAUGUAAUUGGAAACAAAACAUCUGCAGUCCACAAACUGUCGGUAAAAGGUAAAGUUUUUCAAAAACUGUCAAGACAAUAUGAACAUAGUAAGAGAUAAUAAUUAAAUACUAAUUCUGGAUUUCAAACAUGUAUUGAAAUAGUGUGAUUCUUGUGUUGUAACCCAUUUGCACUAUAAUGUGCAGUACUUCCCAGGCGGGGGGACAAAAAUUCAGCCCUGGCAUUUCGUCUUUGCUUCUCCUUGUGCUCCUCUGUUGUCAUUCUGUCUGUCUGUAUGUCUGUCUGUCACCUAAGUGUUUUUAGGAGGUAUAUCAGCUUUAGUAAUGCAGAUAGAAGCCACAAUCUAUCAUUGUACUUGUCUGCAUCAUUUCCAAUUCCCUAUAUACAGUACCAGUCAAAAGUUUGGACACACCUACUCAUUCAAGGGUUUUUCUUUAUUUUAAUUUUUUGAUGACAGUUUUCCACACUCUUGGUAUUCUCUUAACCAGCUUCACCUGGAAUCAUUUUCCAACAGUCUUGAAGGAGUUCCCACAUAUGCUGAGCACUUGUUGGCUGCUUUUCCUUCACUCUACGGUCCAACUCAUCCCAAAACAUCUCAAUUGGGUUGAGGUCGGGUGAUUGUGGAGGCCAGGUCAUCUGUUGCAGCACUCCAUCACUCUCCUUCUUGGUCAAAUAGCCCUUACACAGCCUGGAGGUGUGUUUUGGGUAAUUGUUCUGUUGAAAACAAAUGAUAGUCCCACUAAGCGCAAACCAGAUGGGAUGGCGUAUCGCUGCAGAAUGCUAUGGUAGCCAUGCUGGUUAAGUGUGCCUUGAAUUCUAAAUAAAUCACUGACAGUAUCCCCAGCAAAGCACCAUUACACCUCCUCCUCUGUGCUUCACGGUGGGAACCACACAUGCGGAGAUCAUCCGUUCACCUACUCUGCUUCUCACAAAGACACAGCGGUUGGAACCAAAAAUCUCUAAUUUGGACUCAUCAGACCAAAGGACAGAUUUCCACCGGUCUAAUGUCCAUUGCUCGUGUUUCUUGGACCAAACAAGUCUCUUCUUCUUAUUGGUGUCCUUCAGUAGUUUUUUCUUUGCAGAAAUUCGACCAUGAAGGCCUGAUUCACACAAUCUGCUCUGAACAGUUGAUGUUGAGAUGUGUCUGUUACUCUGUGAAGCAUUUAUUUGGGCUGCAAUUUCUGAGGCUGGUAACUCUAAUGAACUUAUCCUCUGCAGCAGAGGUAACUCUGGGUCUUCGUUUCCUGUGGCGGUCCUCAUGAGAGCCAGUUUCAUCAUAGCGCUUUAUGGUUUUUGCGACUGCACUUCAAGAAACUUUAAAAGUUCAUGACAUUUUCCGGAUUGACUGACCUUCAUGUCUUAAAGUAAUGAUGGACUGUUGUUUCUCUUUGCUUAUUUGAGCUGUUCUUGCCAUAAUAUGGACUUGGUCUUUUACCAAAUAGGUCUAUCUUCUGUAUACCACCCUUACCUUUUCACAACACAACUGAUUGUCUCAAACGCAUUAAGAAGGAAAGAAAUUCCACAAAUUAACUUUUAACAAGGCACACCUGUUAAUUGAAAUGUAUUCCAGGUGACUACCUCUUGAAGCUGGUUGAGAGAAUGCCAAGAGUGUGCAAAGCUGUCAUCAAGGCAAAGGGUAGCUACUUUGAAAAUUCUCUACAUGAUUGCAUGUGUUUUUUCAUAGUUUUGAUGUCUUCACGAUUAAUUUACUAUGUAGAAAAUAGUAAAAAAUAAAGAAAAACCCUUGAAUGAGCAGGUGUUCUAAAACUUUUGACCAGUAGUGUAUUUUCAAAAAAGAUUAUGAGGGAUUGGAAGUGAUGCAGACAAUUACAUUUAUGGAAGCUACAAUCUAUCUGCAAUAUUAAAGCUGAUCUACCCCCUAAAAAAUAAAAAUAAAACAAAUAAGAUAAGGGCCAAGUUAGCAGCCAACACUGAUCUAAUGUCAUAAGUGCACACACCACAAACAUCAAUUUACACACUGUUUACAAUUAGAGUAUUUAGAACACCCACAGUCCUCUACAUGAGAUUGUGCUGCUGAUGCCAAGUCCCAUAGCAGUCUCUUUCUGCUGUGAAGCAGAGGGUAACAGCACAAGUAGUGCAGGUGAUGGGAGAUUUCUUGUGGCAUAGAGUACAACGACACCUUCCUGCAGCGCUCUUACCCUGAGGCACAUUCAGGUCUGCAGUUAAAGUGGGGAGAACAAGUAUUUGAUACACUGCUGAUUUUGCAGGUUUUCCUACUUACAAAGCAUGUAGAUGUCUGUAAUUUUUAUCAUAGGUACACUUCAACUGUGAGAGAUAUGGAAUCUAAAACAAAAAUCCAGAAAAUCACAUUGUAAGAUUUUUAAGUAAUUAAUUUGCAAUUUAUUGCAUGACAUAAGUAUUUGAUCACCUACCAACCAGUAAGAAUUCCGGCUCUCACAGACCUGUUAGUUUUUCUUUAAGAAGCCCUCCUGUUCUCCACUCAUUACAUGUAUUAACUGCACCUGUUUGAACUCGUUACCUAUAUAAAAGACACCUGUCCACACACUCAAUCAAACAGACUCCAACCUCUCCACAAUGGCCAAGACCAGAGAGCUGUGUAAGGACAUCAGGGAUAAAAUUGUAGACCUGCACAAGGCUGGAAUGGGCUACAGGACAAUAGGCAAGCAGCUUGGUGAGAAGGCAACAACUGUUGGCACAAUUAUUAGAAAAUGGAAGAAGUUCAAGAUAACGGUCAAUCACCCUUGGUCUGGGGCUCCAUGCAAGAUCUCACCUUGUGGGGCAUCAAUAUCAUGAGGAAGGUGAGGGAUCAGCCCAGAACUACACGGCAUGACCUGGUCAAUGACCUGAAGAGAGCUGGGACCACAGUCUCAAAGAAAACCAUUAGUAACACACUACGCCGUCAUGGAUUAAAAUCCUGCAGCGCACGCAAGGUCCCCCUGCUCAAGACAGCGCAUGUCCAGGCCCGUCUGAAGUUUGCCAAUGACCAUCUGGAUGAUCCAAAGGAGGAAUGGGAGAAGGUCAUGUGGUCUGAUGAGACAAAAAUAGAGCUUUUUGGUCUAAACUCCACUCGCCGUGUUUGGAGGAAGAAGAAGGAUGAGUACAACCCCAAGAACACCAUCCCAACCGUGAAGCAUGGAGGUGGAAACAUCAUACUUUGGGGAUACUUUUCUGCAAAGGGGACAGGACGACUGCACCGUAUUGAGGGCAGGAUGGAUGGGGCCAUGUAUCGCGAGAUCUUUGCCAACAACCUCCUUCCCUCAGUAAGAGCAUUGAAGAUGGGUCAUGGCUGGGUCUUCCAGCAUGACAACGACCCGAAACACACAGCCAGGGCAACUAAGGAGUGGCUCCGUAAGAAGCAUCUCAAGGUCCUGGAGUGGCCUAGCCGUCUCCAGACCUGAACCCAAUAGAAAAUCUUUGGAGGGAGCUGAAAGUCCGUAUUGCCCAGCGACAGCCCCGAAACCUGAAGGAUCUGGAGAAAGUCUGUAUGGAGGAGUGGGCCAAAAUCCCUGCUGCAGUGUGUGCAAACCUGGUCAAGACCUACAGGAAACGUAUGAUCUCUGUAAUUGCAAACAAAGGUUUCUGUACCAAAUAUUAAAUUCUGCUUUUCUGAUGUAUCAAAUACUUAUGUCAUGCAAUAAAAUGCAAAUUAUUACUUAAAAAUCAUACAAUGUGAUUUUCUGGAUUUUUGUUUAGAUUCCGUCUCUCACAGUUGAAGUGUACCUGUGAUAAAAAUUACAGACCUCUACAUGCUUUGUAAGUAGGAAAACCUGCAAAAUUGGCAGCGUAUCAAAUACUUGUUCUCCCCACUGUAUGUAUUUUGGCUGGGCGGGGGUGGGUGUGGAGCCAGAGACAGCAGCAGGGGUCAGGCUGGAGGAAUGGAGGGAUGGAGGACUUGAAUGUGAUCUCUUUGGAGUUGGCUCCCAGAGGACAUUUGAGUCUCUACCACUAUUGACGAUUUUUAAAAAUUAAGUUAGAACUCAAGUUCACUAUUACUUAUUUUAUUUAACCUUUAUUUUAGCAAGGGUUGAGCCCUGCAUCAAUACUUUUACAGAUGAGCCCUGCAUUAUGUAAAAUACACAACACAUACAGUGGGGAAAAAAAGUAUUUAGUCAGCCACCAAUUGUGCAAGUUCUCCCACUUAAAAAGAUGAGAGAGGCCUGUAAUUUUCAUCAUAGGUACACGUCAACUAUGACAGACAAAAUUAGAAAAAAAAAAUCAAAUCACAUUGUAGGAUUUUUUAUGAAUUUAUCUGCAGAUUAUGGUGGAAAAUAAGUAUUUGGUCAAUAACAAAAGUUUCUCAAUACUUUGUUAUAUACCCUUUGUUGGCAAUGACACAGGUCAAACGUUUUCUGUAAGUCUUCACAAGGUUUUCACACACUGUUGCUGGUAUUUUGGCCCAUUCCUCCAUGCAGAUCUCCUCUAGAGCAGUGAUGUUUUGGGGCUGUCGCUGGGCAACACGGACUUUCAACUCCCUCCAAAGAUUUUCUAUGGGAUUGAGAUCUGGAGACUGGCUAGGCCACUCCAGGACCUUGACAUGCUUCUUACGAAGCCACUCCUUCAUUGCCCGGGCGGUGUGUUUGGGAUCAUUGUCAUGCUGAAAGACCCAGCCACGUUUGAUCUUCAAUGCCCUUGCUGAUGGAAGGAGGUUUUCACUCAAAAUCUCACGAUACAUGGCCCCAUUCAUUCUUUACUUUACACUGAUCAGUCGUCCUGGUCCCUUUGCAGAUAAACAGCCCCAAAGCAUGAUGUUUCCACCCCCAUGCUUCACAGUAGGUAUGGUGUUCUUUGGAUGCAACUCAGCAUUCUUUGUCCUCCAAACACAACGCGUUGAGUUUUUACCAAAAAGUUAUAUUUUGGUUUCAUUUGACCAUAUGACAUUCACCCAAUCCUCUUCUGGAUCAUCCAAAUGCACUCUAGCAAACUUCAGAUGGGCCUGGACAUGUACUGGCUUAAGCAGGGGGACACGUCUGGCACUGCAGGAUCCCUGGCGGCGUAGUAUGUUACUGAUGGUAGGCUUUGUUACUUUGGUCCCAGCUCUCUGCAGGUCAUUCACUAGGUCCCCCCGUGUGGUUCUGGGAUUUUUGCUCACCGUUCUUGUGAUCAUUUUGACCCCACGGGGUGAGAUCUUGUGUGGAGCCCCAGAUCGAGGGAGAUUAUCAGUGGCCUUGUAUGUCUUCCAUUUCCUAAUAAUUGCUCCCACAGUUGAUUUCUUCAAACCAAGCUGCUUACCUAUUGCAGAUUCAGUCUUCCCAGCCUGGUGCAGGUCUACAAUUUUGUUUCUGGUGUCCUUUGACAGCUCUUUGGUCUUGGCCAUAGUGGAGUUUGGAGUGUGACUGUUUGAGGUUGUGGACAGGUGUCUUUUAUACUGAUAACAAGUUCAAACAGGUGCCAUUAAUACAGGUAACGAGUGGAGGACAGAGGAGCCUCUUAAAGAAGAAGUUACAGGUCUGUGAGAGCCAGAAAUCUUGCUUGUUUGUAGGUGACCAAAUACUUAUUUUCCACCAUAAUUUGCAAAUAAAUUCAUUAAAAAUCCUACAAUGUGAUUUUCUGGAUUUUUUUUCCUCAUUUUGUCUGUCAUAGUUGACGUGUACCUAUGAUGAAAAUUACAGGCCUCUCUCAUCUUUUUAAGUGGGAGAACUUGCACAAUUGGUGGCUGACUAAAUACUUUUUUCCCCCACUGUAUUUCCCUCAUUAAAAUGCAAAUCAAUUUAUAACAUUUUUGACAUGCGUUUUUCUGGAUUUUUUUGUUGUUAUUCUGUCUCUCACUGUUCAAAUAAACCUACCAUUAGACUGAUCAUUUCUUUGUCAUUGGGAAAACGUACAAAAUCAGCAGGGGAUCAAAUGCUUUUUUCCCUCACUGUAUGCUGUAUAUAGAAAUCGAAUAAAAAAUCUAAUAUGAACAUGCAACCAUUUAAACAACUGCAUUAGCAUGAGAAGCAAAAACAUAUUUUACUUACUGAUCUAAAAGUGGAUAUUUUCCUUCGAAAUACAUUUCAUUUUGAAUAAAAACUGUGCUCACUCAGAGUCCUCUAUAAUACAUCUCUGGGACCCUCAGGAUGACAAAUCAGAGCAAGAUUACUGAAUAUAAGUACAUUAUUUACAGUCAGAGGUGAAUGUAUCAAACCAGUUGCCUCGAUAAAUGUGUUUUGUUGUUGAGCACUAUCCUCAAACAAUAGCAUGGUAUUUUAUCGCUGUAAUAGCUACUGUAAAUUGGACACUGCAGUUAGAUUAACAAUCAUUUAAGCUUUCAGACGAUAUAAGACAUGUCUAUGUCCUGGAAAGUUGGCUGUUGUUUACAACGCCAUUCUAGUCAAAUAUCGCAUAUUGAGCAACAACUGCCCGAUUUUGGGACAUUGAUCCAGUAGAAGUUAUUAAUUAAUUAUACUCUGGUAUUGAAUAUGGUUCUGUCAUUAAUUUGCUUUGGAACAGCUGUUUUUGAAUAGUUGUUUUCUUCAAGUGGCUUAAAUUACUAAUGAAUCAAGCCUGCCUACUUUUGCUGGCAGAUGCUGUUGAGGGGGUAACUCAACUAGAUCUACACUGAGUAUACACACCUGCUCUUUACAUGACAUAGACUGACCAGGUGAAAGUUAUGAUCCCUUGUUGAUGUCUCUUGUUAAAUCCACUUCAAUCAGUGUAGAUGCAGGGGAGGAGCCUUGAGAAAACUGAGACAUGGAUUAUGUAAAUUAUGUGUGCCAUUCAGAGGGUGAAUGGGCAAGAAAAAAUAUUUAAGUGCCUUUGAACGUGGUAUGGUAGUAGGUUCCAGGUGCACAGGUUUGUGCCAAGAACAGCAACGCUGCUGGGUUUUUCACGUUCAACAGUUUCCUGUGUUUCAAUAAUGAUCCACCACCCAAAGGACAUCCAGCCAAUUUGACACAACUGUGGGAAGCAUUGGAGUCUACAUGGGCCAGCAUCCCUGUUGAACGCUUAAACGCCAUGUAGAGUCCAUGUCCCGACGUAUUGAGGGUUUGAGGUUUGUAUAAGCCCUUGCAAGGUUUUUGAGAACACAGUAUUUAAAAAUUAUUGUUGGUGGAAUGGAACCUGCUCAUUGGUCAGUCAUGUGAAUGAGGAACGAGUAUGAGAAAUUUCGCCUUUCAGGCCUUGUGAAUAUCGACAUGCUAUACUACGCAGAAUCAUUUCCAUACUUUCUUCCCACCAAAAAAACAUUUUGUUACCUUUGUCAUUAAUCAUUUUCCACCUGUUCUGCAUGGCAAGACUAAAACACAUUUUUUAAACUCUUUUUACAGAACCAAUAUCAGGUGCUACCAUCACUAGUACCCCACAACCUCCAAUCAUCGAGGGGAGAUCUGUCACCUUAACCUGUGAUGCUUCUGGCUCCAUCAUCACUGGAGAGUGGAUGAAGGAUGAUCAGCCUCUGUCGGAUGGUGGCAAUGUUUUCUUCUCUGUUGAUAAAAAGAGAGUAUCUAUCAGUCCUGUUAAUAAAGGUGACUCUGGGAAAUACCUGUGUAAACUCACCAACCCCCUCAGCUCUGCUAAGGCUGAAUACAGUCUGACUGUACACCGUAAGUAGUCUGCUAUAAGCAUGUUAUUACUCACAGAAUUAUUGCUUUUGAAAAUAAUUGCUGAGAGUAAUUGUGUGAGAAUGCAUUCUACUAGUAAUAUGUGGAUAAUGCUCACUAACAGUAUCACACUUGUAUUUUAUGACUUAUAAUUUAUGAAUGAACACAUACAAAUGUUAACAUUUCAUGUUCAUUGUGUGUAGUCUUUCUCUCAUCUCUGGUUCUCUCCCUGGUCUCUGCAGCGGAGAGAUAUGUAACACCACUUUCUGCUGGUGCCAUCGCUGGGAUUGUUAUUGGAGAAUUGUUGGUUGUGGGAGGGGCAGUUGGUGUGGCAGUCUUCUUCAUCGUGAAAAAGGGG